UUUUUAAAUAGGUAACAGUAUCCUUUUCUUCAAUGCUCAGUCCUCACAAUGAAUAUUAAUAUUUCUUAGUGUAUUUAGAAGUAUUCAAUCAAAUUAGCUUAUCAAAUCUUUCUGAAAUUGAAUUCACCAAUGAAGUCUUUUGGAGCCUCUCCAAGUAGAUGCUUCUUUGUUCUUGAUCCUGAUGAUGACAAUUUCCUUAAAAAAACUCCAACUUCUGAUUCUACCUCCAUAACAACAUAUAAAGAAAAUUCAAAGAGAGACUCAAGAAGGGAAAGAAGCAGUUUUGCAAAUAGGAUUCAUGAACAUGUGAAAUUGGGUCCUAAAUUAUCUGAGACUCUGAAGAGUAAAUUGAGUUUAGGUGCCAAAAUUAUUCAAGAAGGAGGAAGAGGGAACAUUUUCAAGCAUAAAUUUGGGAUGCAAGAGGAAGAGAAACUUUUGAAAGCUUCUCAGUGCUAUUUACACACCACAGCUGGUCCUAUUGCUGGAACUCUCUUUAUAUCAACUGUCAAAGUUUGCUUUUGCAGUGAAAGGCCAACAAGCUUCUCUUCUGCAUAUGGGGACUUAGUAAAAGCUCCUUACAAAGUUUUGAUACCAGUAGAGAAGAUAAAAGAGGUGAAUGAAAGCAUGAACGUGAACAAGUUAGAACAGAAGUAUAUACAAGUAGUGACCAAGGAUGGCUCUGAAUUUUGGUUCAUGGGAUUUUUAAGGUAUGAGAAAGCUAUUAGGAAUCUUAAUAUAGCUUUUUCCAUGGCUAAUAAAUUCUAAAGGGAAAAUUGAACACCAGUGUUAAGUCUCUAUGUUUUAGAUUUCUUAGCAAACUAAGAUUAUAGGUGAAGUUUUGUAUGGUGACUAGUUUAGCAAUCUGAGUAUUUUAUCUUAAUGGGUGUUGCAUAUACUUCAUCCCUUAUUUUUGUGUGAUCAGGAACUGAUAACUAUGGUUGUUGCAUAUACUUCAUUCCUAUUGUUUUGUGUAUACCAGUUGGGAUUUCUAAUAUUGUUGGGGCCCUUAAACCACUAUGCUCAAGUUUAACACACCCUCUCAAGUCCAAGACUUGACUUUUGGACCAAGAUACCAUGUUAAGUUUCAUUAUAUUUCAUUCAAUAUAGGAAUCUUAACAAAAUGUGACAAAAAAUAUGAUUAUGUUAUGAACUUUUUGGGGCAUAUAGGGAAUGAAUGCUAAAAGCAAGUAAAAGGCAUGACAAUUGCUCAAGUUGGAUCCAUUGCUUCUCUUGUUAAA